GGGAAGGGCCGUUCCCCCCGCGCGCCGAGCGGCCGGGGCCGGCAGGGGAAGCGCGGGCUCUAGUUCCCCGCGCGAGGUCGGCGUGCGGCCGCGGCUCUGUGGGGCGGGUGCGGCGGAUCCGGCGGCACUUAGUAGGCGCUCGGGCGCGAUUUGGGGGCUGAACGCGCGGCCAAGUGCAGUGAGCGCUGCGGUCGUGCCCUUUCACGGUGUUGGUUCAGAGGGCCCCCGGUGGACCGGGUCAAAUCCGCAUUCUCUUCAUCUGCUGCGAAGGAGGGACGAGAACCAGCCGUCCUGUACCGUUCGUGCGGCCCGGAGGGGAGGGCCGGAGAAUGGGGUGACGGACUGUUCCUGAAGAUUCCGAAGGUGGCUGUCAGGUGGAAGAGCGUGGAGACUUGUUCUCUUUAGUCCUGAGGAUUUUGAGCAGCAUGAAGGGUGGGGACUACGAAGAGGCCGGUUCCAGCUGAGCAGAAAGAAUGAGGACCGGGGUCUCCCGUUCCUGCUGGUCAGCGUGGCCUGACUUCAAGAGGCUCCGUGCAAGGCCAGCUCCGGCGGGUUCGAGGAGAGUGCCCAUGGCUGUGGGAGAAGGGCAGGUUGUGGAGGAGAUGGAAACAUCAGGCGGGAGGUGCAUUUAUGGCCUUUCGGUGCUUUUCUGUGAUUGUCACUCUGUAAUGAGCUCCAGAAGGCAAACUUAUGAGAAACCUCCUCCUGGGCUUAUCAAGGAAGAUGAGACUAAGCCGGAAGACUGUAUACCAGAUGUACCAGGCAACGAACAUGCCAGGGAAUUUCUGGCUCACGCACCAACUAAAGGACUUUGGAUGCCACUGGGGAAAGAAGUCAAAGUUAUGCAGUGCUGGCGUUGUAAGCGGUAUGGUCACCGAACAGGCGACAAAGAAUGCCCUUUUUUUAUCAAAGGCAACCAAAAAUUAGAACAGUUCAGAGUAGCACAUGAAGAUCCCAUGUAUGACAUCAUACGAGAGAAUAAAAGACAUGAAAAGGAUGUAAGGAUACAGCAGUUAAAACAGUUAUUGGAGGAUUCCACCUCUGAUGAAGAUGGGAGCAGCUCCAGCUCCUCAGAAUGUAAAGAGAAACACAAGAAAAAGAAGAAGAAAGAAAAGCAUAAGAAAAGGAAAAAAGAAAAGAAGAAGAAAAAACGAAAGCAUAAGUCUUCCAAGUCGAAUGAGAGUUCAGACUCGGACUGACAAGGACUUGACCUAUUCCAUGUUCUCCUCUCAAAAAUCAGACACUGUGGCCCCAGACCAGAGGGUGUGGAAUCGGGGAGGACUUGGAGACCCCAAGAGAGCAGGGCAUUCGGUGUCACGCGUGUGAAUUCUCACCUGCCUUCCAGCAAAGACGUGACCCCCGGAGGGUGAGUUGUGUCUUCCCUGGUGCUGGCUCUGGACAGCGGCUGAUUUCAGGCAGGAAAGCGUUGUUCAUUGUCUUCCUCCCACUGAUCCUUGCAGUUUGUGAUUCCUUCCAGCUGCCACUGCCAGUGGAGUGAGACUGAGGGAAUGAGUCUCUGAGGAAGCUCCAGGUGCUACUUGCAGCCUUCCCCUCCCCCUGGGAGCGUUCCCAGAAUUCCCAGAGACUCCAGGCAUGGCUUUUCUCUGUUGUUGAGGAUAAUAAAAGCUCGUUAUUUAUU